UAAUCGGUCCGUUUUGUGUCUCCUGUCUCAAAGACCUGCAGGAAGUUGUGGAGCGAACGGGACUGAGGAGAGGGAGGGAGCGAGAGAGAAUCGGAACCCUUCCCACUCCACAGGAAUCACGGGGAGAGUGUGACAGGAGGAAGGGACAGAAGCGCGAGAGCAGAAGGAACCUGCUUCACAACGAAACUGGACUGACCCAGAACCAGCUGGAGCAUGCGGCUCGGUUCGGUGUUCAGACUCUGUGUGGUGUGGAGCUUUGUGGUGGUCGCCACCUCUGAGGCCAGAGCUGCAAACAGGAAGGUUGCAAGUCGAAAGUCCAGGCAGGCGUUUGAGGCGGAGUCUGUAGAGGGGGUGUGGUCUGACUGGGGGGAGUGGUCAGAAUGCUCUCAAACCUGCGGAGUGGGCGUGUCACAGAGGAGCAGGAAGUGUUUAGCCCCUCCGAUUCCCCAGACCCCUCCCUUCUCCCACCCUCCACCAAACUGGGCGGGUUAUUCACCCGGCGGCGGCGGGGGACCUGCUUUCUCACCCGUGAACCCUUACUUCCCUCCCCGUUACCCUGGGCAACACCCGUCUUAUCGCUCUCCUUCAGUCUCCACCAAUAAUAACCCAGGAUUGCCUUUGUAUUGGAACACGCCCACCAGAGGAGAAGGGCCCCCCGUUUCUGGACAGAACAAUCAAUCGCCUCCUUUUUAUCAGUCGGAGUCAUCACCAGCCAAUCAGGAGCCUUCAUCUGCUUACCGAUCUCCCUACUAUACGCCCUCGCAGGGCUACAACAACCAGCCAGCGCACAUCAACAGGAGGCCAACCAGUCAAGGAGCAGCAAGAGCCGGGGGAGGCGGGAGCAGGAGAUCGGUCUCCACCAAUCGGGAGGCUUCGCCUGCAAGAAGGUCUUCCAGCAUCCGUCCAGGUCAGUUUGGGUACGGCAAGGUUCCCUUCUCUCUGCCGCUGCAUCGAACCAACCGCCAAGCUCGCCACGCCGCCAACGGCACCGACGAUGCGCUCAGAGGCGACCCGGAGAAAGAUGAGGAGACAAAGGCUGAGGAAGAAGAACGGGAGGAGGAGAACGGAGAGCAGAAGAUCAGUGAAGCUGAGGAGGAACCCAUCACCACCUCCACCACCACCACCAGCCCACCACAUCACGUGAAAAGACCACCUCACACGGAGCACAGGAGAAAUAGACUCCCAUCCCAGCACUCCCUCCAGCGCUCCUCAUCACCUCCUGCCUUCGUCAACCGUCAUCGAUUUGACUGGAACUCCGUCACUGCUCCCCCUCCUCCUCCUGUACCUCCCCUCUCACGCUCACGCUCCCCUAAUGGUUCUCCACUGUUCUCCUCUCCUCUUCAUCGCCCCAGCCUUGUGCAUGGGGACAGGGAACUCCACUCGAACUUCAACCCUCAACCCCCACCCGGAGGAAACAGCUACCCCUUACAGCGCCCGCACGCGUCCCACCUGGGAGUCGAGUCCGGGAGGCACAGAGGAGAAACUCCCCGGACGUUCAGAUGCUCGGGGUCUGAGAAGGAGUACCGUAGAUGUUUCUCACAGGUGUGUGGAGGAGGUGCAGUGGACUCCAGAGCAGGGCAGUGUGCAGCCUUUAACACCCAGGAGUUCAUGGGUCGCCUCUAUAACUGGGAGCCUUUCACUGAAGUUGGAGCAGAUAAGCAGUGUGAGCUGACCUGCAGACCCGCCGGGUAUCGGUUUUACGUCCGUCUGGCCGAGCGUGUCAGAGACGGGACGCCUUGCUUCAACGUCAGCACCAACGACGUGUGCGUAGAAGGACGAUGUCUGACGGAGGGAUGUGAUGGAGUGCUGGGCUCCAGCGCUGCGAUUGAUAAGUGUGGAGUGUGCGGUGGGCGGGACACCUCCUGUCAGAAGGUGGCAGGAAGCUUCCAGAACGUCACGGUUCCCCUCGGUUACCACAAGAUCCUGGACAUCCCAGCCGGAGCCACCUUCAUCAACGUCACGGAGCGGCGAGCUAGCCCUAACUACCUGGCGAUAAGGAGCGGCACUGGGGUGUCGGUGGUGAACGGACGCUGGGCUGUGGACCCUCCUGGAGAGUACCAGGCAGGGGGCACUACGUUCACCUACACCCGACCCAGAGCACAGUCAGAGGGGGAGGACGAGAGAGGCGAGUCCCUGAGGGCACGGGGACCCACCACGACACAGCUCCAGCUUUAUAUCAUUUUCCACAAAGAGAAUCCAGGCAUCGAUUAUGAGUUUUACAUCCCGGUGGAGAUGAAGAGAAAGGAGGCGGAGGAGAGGGAGACGCCCAGAGAGGCCCAGAGGCAGCGGCAGCGAGAACCAGCCAGGGCUGCGCUUCGCGGUCCCCUCACUGUGUCAGUAGAAGAGCCUCCUCCUGUUUCAAUCCCCUCUUUCCCCUCCUCUUCGUCUGUGUUUUCUCCCCCAUCCUUUGACCGCUGGCCACCUGAGAGGACACGCCCUCGGGGGCUGGCGCCCAACAGGAAUGCUCGAAUCCCGCCUCGGACUGACCUGCCGCCAGACACCCAGUCCCCGUUUGUGUGGAGGAGAGGAGGCCUCGCGGAUUGUUCUGUUUCUUGUGGAAAAGGUUCUCAGCAAAGAAUCAUGGUGUGUGUGAACCGGCACACAGAUGAAGAAGUGUCGGAGAGGAGCUGUGACUCUGCAGCCAGACCUGCUCCUGAGGAGGAACCCUGCAACACUCAGCCCUGCCCACCGUUUUGGGAGGCCAGUGCGUGGUCGGAGUGCAGUGUGUCCUGUGGGCCCGGCGUGCAGCAAAGGCAGCUCCAGUGCAGACAGAGCUUUGGAUCGCGCUCCACCAUGGUGCACCCUCAGCGCUGCUCCCACCUCACCCAGCCAGAGUCCACGCAGGCCUGCCAGCUCCAGCUCUGCUCCCACUGGGAGGUCAGCUCCAACUGGAGCACGUGCUCCGUGGACUGCGGAGUGGGGAGAAGGACACGGAGCGUCCGCUGCGUCAGUGAUCAGGGAAGCGUGGUGAACGAGAACGAGUGCAACUCCAGGCUCCGCCCACAAGGAAGUGAAGAGUGCAACAUGGGCCCCUGCGUGACCAACUGGUACUUCACCGAGUGGUCCAACACUUGCUCAGCUCAGUGUGGCCCCGGGGUCCAGAAGAGGGAAGUGGUGUGCCUCACCCGAGGAGGGGCGAGAGACGGUGGAGGAGGGGGGGACUGCAUUGCGGAGAAACCGCUGGAGAUGAAGGCCUGCAACAGAGGGCCCUGUGUGCCGACAGUCAUGUGGUACAGCAGCCCGUGGUCGCAGUGCAGCGUGCUGUGUGGGGAUGGAAGCCAGCGACGAGACAACAUCUGUGUCAAGAAGAUGGGGAGUGAUUUCACUGUGGUGCCAGCCACUGAGUGUGCUCAUCUGGAGAAGCCCGCAGCAGUGCAGGAGUGCGACAUGGGAGAGUGUGAGCCGCAGUGGUUCACCACGGAGUGGAGUGCGUGCUCACGAUCUUGUGGGAAAGGCCUGCAGGUUAGAGAGGUUCGAUGUCUGACACCCGACAAGCAGCACAGCCAGGCGUGUGAUCCCGCCUCGAAACCUGAGCAAGAGCAGAUCUGCAACACGAUACCCUGUGGUCUACAAGUUACAGAUAAAAACUGCCGGGACAGACGGGAUAACUGUCUGAUGGUGGUGCAGGCCAGGAUGUGCGUCUACUCCUACUACAAGACAGCCUGCUGCGCCUCCUGCGCUCAGAGCGCCCAGCGGGCCAAGAGGCACUGAGCAGCCAAUCAGCAGGCAGCCCUGGAUCCAGUCAGUCCAGGUCAAAACGGCCGAACCCCCUGAGAGGUCAAAUCUGUAGAAACGGACAGCCCAGAGUUGACACGGCAUUCACGAAACAUUUUAGCCCUUUUCUCCUGACAUUUCAGGUAAAACACUGUGUAAGCAGCUGCUUCCUCCUGUCACUAUUCAGUUUUAUUACCUGUAAUCCCUCCAGAACCACGACUUUCACUGAUCUGGCUUCAGAUCGCUGCAGGAUUCAACAGAUACGCCGACGACGCUGUCGUUUCCGCCCUUGGGGGAGUCAUUUCUGUGGCUUGUAGGUUAUAAUAGGAGGUGCUGACUGAAGACACGAGGGCUGCUUUAGCAGCAUGUUUAGCCUUUACGGACCCUUCCUAAGAUGUGGUCAAAAGCAUAAGCUGCGUUCUUACGUUGCCAGAUAAAAUCUCUGCUGCAGCGUUUGUGUGAGGAUCUGCUGGUAUAGAUCUGUGCUCACUCUCACUCACUCGCCUUCGCUGAGCUGGAUUGUUAUUUCUGUCGUUUGCAUUUUUCUGAUUGCCAAAAAUAUUUCCUGUCGUCUUUUUCAGUGUUGUGAUAGAUUGAGCUGGGGGGGCACUGACAGCAAGUGACCAAAUAAAAGCAGGUGGAGGAGCAGAAGGGCAUGGAUGCUAAACAGCACAGUUUCUGUUCACAUGAACUCCUUUACUUCUGGUUCCCUGUUUUCCAAUAAAAACUACAAAAAACAAGGAAACUUAUUGAGGAUGGAGCGGCAUUAAACUGCUGUUUUGUUCUUGAUGAGCUCAAAGGUAAAGAUUAAAGGUGUGGAACACUCAUUUAAUCAAUACAUUUGCAGUGGUCUCUGGUAGGAAUGGAUACCUUGGGGGGGGGGGGGAUCCCAGAAGCACGGAUCAGCACGGACAAGUCGGCUGCAGCAGAGAGUGGCUGAACACAGUGAGAUUUGCAGUCUUACUUCCUUAUAUUUGGGCAUCUCUCUUCUGAUUGGCUAACAGCAAUACGACUCUACCGCUCUGCGACGUUGAUGUUUUAUAUCUCCACAAAUAACACAAACCUGUGUGCAGGGCCGGAUUAUCAUUGCAAGGGGUCCCUGGGCACAAUGUGCUUAGCAAGCCCCACCCCUCACCCCACCCGGCCUCCCCCAACAUUACUGUCACCAAGCAGCACUUUUUAGACAUUUCAUAACAUUUUCCUGAUUAAAAACCGCUUACUUAUGUUGAUACAAAAGCAUUUACGACCAGGUCAAAAUAGUUUUUUAACCUAAUCACAAACACUCUCCUGACGCUCUGGGGCAUCCUGAAUCAUCAUAUAUUGAGGCUUGGUCACAUGCAUCAUAUUUUGACGCUUUGGGUGUGAGAAUGUGUUGCGCAGGGGCAGGGGGGAGAUGGCUGAAGCAGGGAACAGUCAUGGACGUAAUUUUCAGUUUAAAAGUGGGGGGGACACGGGGGGGGGGGGGUAUCUUCACAGUAUGUUCUAAUGGGAAACAGGCUUCAACACAAACGGUUGUUUUCCGCUUGGUCCUAGAGCUCAACCAGUGUCAAUUUAAUAUAGUGUUGUUUUUGGAUGGUAAAAAGUGCAGGGGUGAAAACUUGACUUUGGAAAAAGUGGGGGGGACAUGUCCCCCCCCCCCCCCCCCCCAAAAAAAAAUUACGUCCAUGGGAACAGUAAAGAUGCAGAAACUACUGUUGUUAAAAGAAAUGUGUGUUUAACUUAGAUAAUGAGGGCACAAUUUUAAUUACUUGUCAACUUUUUUCUCCAGUGUUAAGACUGCCGCACAAAAAAAAUAGCUGCUCGCGUGGGCCCCCUUGUGGCUGUGGGCCCCUGGGCCUGGGCCCAGUUUGCCCGUAUUAUAAUCUGGCCUCGCCUGUAUGGUGGAGUUGCUAAUGCUAACAGUUAGCUUCUACUAGCAGAGACGUUCUCUGCUGUUUCCUGGACUAAACCGACAACAGCCUUCCCCGUCGUGAGUUAAGAUGGGUGAGUCCAUGAAUGUUAGUGACAGUGUGACGUAGAUCUGUCAGGAUUUUCUAAUCCUAGAGUUUCAUCAUCUGUUUUCUACCAGAAGCUACUGCAGGAGAUAGGUGUAGGAGACUAUUUUCAUGUUCUGCCUGCAUGAAACACUCAGAGUGACCCGUUAGAAUCAGAAAUAAUCAUUAAAAAUGUUUUUUCAAUGUUCCACACCUUUAAACAUCCCAAACUUUUGAGUUUGUGUGCAUCCAAAGCCUAAUAGAGCCGAUUGUUUAAAAUAACUCACUGGCGCCGCUUACAAAUAGUUUUCGUAAAAAAAGUUAUUUUCUUUAAAUCUACUGACGAAGAUUAAAAUAACACUGUUUGCUGUCUUUUUAUCCAGUUUUAAUUACAGUUAUUUAAAGAAAAUUGUGACUCAGAGAAGUUUAUUAGUCGUGGAUUAUUCCAAUCAGUUUAGAGGAUGAAUGACAAACUCAUUAACAGUUUAAAUAAACUGUGUGAAGGUGUUACGUCCCCGACAGGAGAUGUUAAAAUGUGAAGGAGGGGGUAACACAGGGGCGUGUCCAGGGAGUGGCCUGGGGUAGCACAUGCCACCCUUAGAAUCUGAUUGGCCACCCCAGGUGCCACCACACUCAGUUCCAGUUUAAAUUCACUUUACAUUGUUGACAAAAGGCUUGAGUUGUAAACUCCAAAAAUAGUGAGUGGUAGCAUGCACAUUGAACAUUGUCUUCUAGCCCUACAGAACAUUUCUGUAGUAUUAAUAUUAUUUAUUAUUUUUUCAUAUUCACAUAAAUAGUAUUUAGAGUCCCACUCAACUCCAGUUGGUGGCAAUAAUGCAACAAGUAGUGACUUGCUAACACCACAAAACUAGAAUAUGAAUAAAAAAAAUGGUGAUUGUGCAAUGUAAAACUCCAAAAUUCACUAGAAAGUAAAUAAAUAAAUAAAUAAACGAUUUGUGUAAAAAAAUAAAUAAAUAAGCAUAACCAUUGGUGCCACCCAUGCAUAAACAAGUGCCCCACAUGGGCCACCCCAUUUUAAAAGUCCUGGACACGGCUCUGGGGUAACAUAAGGAAUAUGACAGUGGAGUUUAAAAUGGUUUUAAUUGUAGUAAAAGGUUCUAAAAGCGAGCAAACAGAUGGCGAGCAUUAUAAAGAUAAUGCAAAACUAACAAAAACUCUCAAAAAGGUUAACAUUACACAAAUUACCAACUAUAAAAACACCGGGUAAAAGCUUAUAUUAAAAGCUUUGCCGUACAGAAGGUGUUUAAAACCGGAGUCAAUAAAAUUGCAACAAACCAAGUUAACCUGAACAAACAAAGACCCAUUGGGAUCACUCAGAGUUAAAACUAUUUAAGUUAAAACUCUUCAACUCGAAGGGGUUGAAAACAAAACGAGGCCUGGAGGACAGCAGAACCCCUGCACCGCUGCCUAACAAAAGGUAACAACGGAACACGAAGCAGGAACUUAAAUCACGAGUUUAGUUCUCCAGAAAACAUCCGUUCAGUGUUCCUAUUUUCAGUCUUCUCGUCACUGGGAAUAGAACAGAAUUUAUCUUUCUGUUAGAUCAACAUCUGGCUAAUUAUGCAGCCUUAACGUGUGUUAAGAUGUAAACAAAACCUUUCUCUGGAGGGAAUUUCACAUCUGUCCUUUAAAAACUACGAAGACCUCAACAAGACUGAAAAAGCUGCUUUUUAUUCUUUUAACUGGCUUCUGUCUGACGUGGAUCAAAUGUAAUCGGAUCAAAAUCAAAGGUGCAAACUGUGUGGAUGUGCUUCUGGGUGUAUUUUUUUAACCCUAUGACCCCCCUAACCAAACAGCUUUUCAUUUCCAGUCCACCACAGCUGUCUGUAUAUUUGUCAGAUAUGUUUUAAUGUCUGUAAAAGUCACACUUGUGUUUAUAACUGAGCAGAAUAAUCAGAAGUGUUGUAGUUGUCAUUUAUUCCCAUCUAUUUGUCAUAUAACAGGUGUGUGUGUGUGCGUGUGUGUGUGCGUGUGUUAUCUCUAAUCUCUUGUAGUAUGAAUGUGAUUUUAUAAAUGUAAACAAAAAUAAUAGCUAUUUAUCUUUGACCUGAAGAAAGUGUAAUUUAUUUUUUGUUCUGAGGAGUUGUAGGAAUUAUUUUCUUCCACUAGACAUUCUGAGAUUAUUAUCAAUAUAUAAAAGCAGAUAUUUUCUAUUGUGUAAAAACAGUAAACUGUGUGACAAAUUAUGAUUUUGAAAUUUCCGUUUAAAUAAAAGGAAAAUGAACUGAU